CUGCAUAUAGGUUUCUCAAGAGGCUUGAUUUUUCGAUGAUCCAGCGGACGUUGGCAAUUUGAUCUCUGGUUCCUCUGCCUUUUCUAAAACCAGCUUGAACAUCUGGAAGUUCACGGUUCACGUAUUGCUGAAGCCUGACUUGGAGAAUUUUGAGCAUUACUUUACUGGCAUGUGAGAUGAGUGCAAUUGUGCAGUAGUUUGAGCAUUCUUUGGCAUUGCCUUUCUUUGGGAUUGGAAUGAAAACUGACCUUUUCCAGUCCUGUGACCACUGCCGAGUUUUCCAAAUUUGCUGGCAUAUUGAAUGCAGCACUUUCACAGCAUCAUCUUUUAGGAUUUGAAAUAGCUCAACUGGAAUUCCAUCACCUCCACUAGCUUUGUUUGUAGUGAUGCUUCCUAAGGCCCGCUUGACUUCACAUUCCAGGAUGUCUGGCUCUAGGAACUUUUGGGCUUCCCUGAUAGAUCAGCUGGUAAAGAAUCUGCCUGCAGUGCAGGAGACCCUGGUUCGAUUCCUGGGUCGGGAAGAUCCACUGUAGAAGGGAUAGGCUACCCACUCCAGUAUUCUUGGACUUCCCUUGUGGCUCAGCUGAGGGUAAUGUAUAUAAAAAUAUGCAAGAAUCACAGGAAACUCACAUAUCCAACCACCUGGAUGAAAUUGUUGCUGCCGUCAGCAUAACACCUAGAAAGAAACUGCAAAACCAGCUGCUUCAGAGAGCACUGUUCCAGCCUCCUCGAGAGAAACUCCGCCUCUCUGAAGACAAAGCAAAGUCGUAUGCCAGCAGCCAUGAGUACAAAAAGGCUCUCCACGAGCUCGUGCACUGCAUGGCUCUGACGAGGAUCUGCUAUGGUGAUUCCCACUGGAAGCUGGCCGAGGCACAUGUUAACCUGGCUAAGGGUUAUCUUCAGCUGAAAGGAAUGUCACUACAAGCAAAACAACAUGCAGAAAAAGCCAAAGAAAUCCUCACCAACUCCAUUGUGCCUCCAUACAAUGACAAUACAGAUGUUUUCAAGUGUUCGGUUGAGCUGUUCCAUACCUUGGGGCAAGCCUUACUCUCCCUUCAGAAGUUCAAGGAAGCUUCAAAGAAUUUGACAAAGGCAGAGAUACUCUCAAAGGAGAUGCUCCAGGGUGGAAAGAUCAUAAAAGAAGAAUGGAUGGAAAUUCAAGCACGGAUCAAAUUGUCAUUUGCGCAGGUAUAUCAAGGUCAGAAGAAAUCAAAAGAAGCUCUGCCCCACUACCAAGAGGCUUUAGAAUAUACUGAGAUCAGUAGAGGUGAAAAAAGUCUUGAGUGUGUACCAAUACUGAGGGGACUGGCAGCUGCAGAGCAGGCCCUGGGGUUUCACGACGCAUCCGUCAGCAACCUUGUGCAGGCGCAUCUCAUCGUCCUGAGAGGAAGCCCCUCUCAAGAGGAGGCAGCCGCGUCCGCACACGCCGUCGCCUGUGCCGCUGUCGCUUCCGGGAGGCCUGAGCACCACGAUGUGGCUGAGCAGUAUUUUCAGGAUAGCAUGGCUAAUCUCAAGGAUGCUGAAGGGAUGGAGAAAGCCAAAUUUCUUUCAAUUCAAGAUGAUUACUGCCAUUUCCUACAAGUCACUGGACAAGAUGAGAGAGCCGCUUCAAUCCUUAGAGAGUCCCUGGAGGCCAAAGUGGCCGUGUUUGGUGAUUUCAGCCCUGAGGUGGCAGAGACAUAUCGGCUCCUGGGUGUGGCUGACCUGGCACAGGGGAACCAGACCGGGGCCCACAAGAAACUGAAGAAGUGUCUUCAGAUCCAGACCCUCUUAUAUGGACCCCAGGACAAGAGGACUCUGGCCACCCAGCAGACCAUGGACAUCCCGUCCAAGGCCCCCGAGGUGCCCGCGAGGCCGCGGCCGUCCCCCGGAGCCAAGGCGGCCUUCUGCGCCGGCGGGCGGCCGCACAGCGUGCCCGGGCGCGCCAGGCCCAGUGCUGCCGACUGAGCCGGCCCCACCGCCUCCCGGGGUGCGCCCCCGGGUGCCCUGCACAUCUUUCCCUCCGGAACGGGGCCUUCGACAGCCGCUGCUCCGGUUUCCAGGCCGACUGUGUGCUCCAAAUGCAAAGCCACCCCACACCUCCCGUGGGCCCCGUGUGAACAGUGGGCGCUCCUCCUGGUGACCAGCCCUUCUAUAAAGCAUUUUUCUUUCUGCUACCUUAGUGGUUUCUUCUGGCCGACAAGAGUUCUUACCCAUCAGCACUGCUUCGGUUGCAGGCCUCGCUCCUUCACCAUCUGAUAGUGUACGUGUAUUUGGUGUAGGGCCCCUUGUGCAGGCUCUGGAGUCAGAUUUGGAGCAGGAAGAUUGUGGGCAAAGAGCUCUUUCUUAUAGGAAGGUAAUAGGGAUUGAGAAGAAAAUGCUAAUAAACCUGGCAGUGUUGACAUCAGUAUGCGUUUGUGAAAUGAAGCCGCCCCAGAGCUCCUGGAAGCCUAGAAAGGGCCCUGAGGAAGCGUCUCCUCCCUGGUGCACGCCACCACUCACUGAAUUUGGCAGGGCACCAGGCGGGUGCUAAGAACCAAGGGCAUGAUAAACGGGACACUGUCCCCGUCCUCUCAGAGCGUGCCACACAUCACGGUGCAGCUUGUUGAGGGAUAGCAGAAGGAAAGAGCCUGGCACAGUGGGUGGGUGAUAAAUGGCCCUGAAUGUGCCUAGAGGUCAGGGGAGGUGGUGUAAAAGAGCCAGGCAGGAGAAAGGCAGGCACAGAGGACUGCCAAUGCCCAGCUGCUGCUUCCUGCGGCCUCCACUCCAGCCAGGGGGACAUGGCUGCGGCUCUGGAGCGCUGCUUUUGAGUUGGCACGGCCCUUGGCCCCUACUCUCCUGACCCUGUUCUGGGUUCAGCAUGCAGGGGUGUGGAGGGUGGGGCUUGAUGAACGCUCAGGUCCACGGUCGUCUUCAGCCCCCUGGCAGGAGGCUGGCGUCAGUUGAGAACAGGAGUGGCUCGUUUUGAGCACCUUUCCCCAGGUGAGAUCCAGAGCUGGGACCAGGUUGAGCAUGCAGAGGGUGGCAGUGGGCUUUUAUCCCUUCUCACUGGCCCUUCGCAGCCCCUCUCUCAUCCCUUGGGCUGUGGCCCAGCAGGGCUGCAGGCAGGCGCUGAGAUAGCAACAGGUUGCAACAUGGCCCCCUUUCACUUCAACACCCAGGAGGAAACACAAUCCCAGAAUGGGAUUAGUGCCCUUAUAAAAACAGACAAGAGAGAUGAUCUUUCUACCCUGUGAGGGCACAGCAAGAAGGCAGCCGUGUGCAAACCAGAAGAUGACACCCACCAGGAAGAGACUCCACCAGCACUGUGACCUGGGGUUCCCACUCACCAGAACUGCGAGGAGUAAGUGUCUACUGUUUAAGUCUCCCAGCCUGUGGUGUUCUGUCCUGUUGUGGUAUUCUAUUAUAGUAGCCUGAGCAGACUGAAAGCCCAUGCUGGGUUUUUGAAAAAACAAACCGCCAAUUCUGAUGCUAUUUAUUCCUCUAUUUCUCAUAGGAUAAUAUCUUGGAAUCACAAGAACUAAAACACUUUUUUAAUUUAGCCCCCCACCUUGGGGAAAAAAAUGAAUUUGGGAAUAUUCUCUAUCAAAUGUCUCCCAUCUAUUAAAUGUGUUAACUUCAAAACAAAAGGAAGACUCUAGCUAUUUAUGUUUUGGUUUGUUUUUGUAAAAGGCUACAAACAGGUAAGCAUAUCUACUCCUUUGUCUCAAACUAGUGCAAUUUUUUCAAGCUCCUAAGAAAUGGCCAUGAUUAACCACUCCAAUUUGCACUUAAGGUUAAUAAUGAACCACCUUGGUGUGCUCAGGAUUGUUUUCAUUUUAGCACUAAAAGUUUCAUGUCCCAGGAGAAACCCCUCAUUCAAGGCCAAAUGGGAUGGUUGGUCACACUGUUGUCACUAGCAUUGCAGGCUGUCAUGAUGAUAUUCUUACCACAAACGGUCUAGUCUGUAUUAUAAUAUGAACCAGUGGUUUACGCUCUAUCUGCCAUGCCUUCUCGCUCUGUGCUAACAAUAUCGAGUUCUGAUUCAAGUGAGUAAUUAAAUGAGCCUUUUC